AUGGAGCCAGCAAGAAAGAGGAGAACUUCUCCUGUCUGGGAGCAUUUUGAAUUGGUUGCUCAUAACAAGGUGAAAUGUUUGCUGUGCCACAAAGAGCUGACUUACAGCAACAACACCUCCUCCAUGCUUAGGCAUUAUCGUGCAAUGCAUGAGGAUGCGCAACCUGCUGCAAACAGACCAGACACUAGUCAAAAUUACAGAAAGAAAAUGGUGGAUGAGGCUUUGGUCAACAUGGUCAUCAAAGACUCCCAACCCUUUUCUGUUGUGGAUGACGUGGGGUUUAGAGAGCUUGUGCAUGUGCUGGAUCCAUCCUAUGUUCUUCCAACAAGAAAGGCUUUGAAGUCCAUGGUUGAUAGCAGGUAUGAGGAGGCUAAGGAGAAGGCCAAAGAGAAGUUGGACAAUGUUGUUGCUGUUAGCCUUACGUCCGACAUGUGGACAUCGAUAAACAUGGAGGCUUACCUGGCUGUGACAUGUCAUUUCAUAGAUGCCAAUGACCAGCUUGGGACAAUCUUGCUUGGGGUGCAACAUUUCCCAAACACCCAUACAGCAGAGAACUUGGCUAUUUCUCAUACUAUGGUCAUGGAGGAGUGGGGCAUAAAGGACAAGGUGAGGUGCCUUGUCACGGAUGCUGCUGCCAAUAUGAUUGCCUGUGUCAGGGCAUUAAAUAUUAGGCAUGCCAUAUGCAUUGCACAUGCAUUAAAUUUAAUUGUCAGAAAGUCUUUCGACGAUGUACCAGACUUAAAUCAGCUUCGCACCAAAUGUAGGAAGCUUGUUACCUACUUCAGGACCAGCACAACAGGCAAAGAAAGACUGGCCCAAGUGCAGGUGCAGAUGGGGAGACCAACUCUAAAAAUGAUUAUUGAGGUGGACACCCGUUGGAACAGCACAUACAGCAUGCUGGAAAGGAUGUACGACCUGAGAGAGCCAGUGGGGGCAGCUUUGGCCUCUUUAAGGACAGAUGUAAGCCCUCCUUCUUCAUUAGAAUAUGACACCAUAAAAGAUGCUCUUGAAAUACUGGCCCCAUUCCACCAAGCCACAGUAGAGCUUUCUGCAGAGAAAAUAGUGUCAGCAUCAAAGGUUAUUCCCCUACUGAAGAUGCUAAACCACUCCAUUUUAACAAAAUCAGAGGGCUUAACAUCAAAUAUGGCGAGGCAGCUGGCUGACAACCUUGUCCGUCGCGUCAGAGAGCAUGCAUUGCAAAUGGAAUCAAUAAGUGUGAUGACAAUGCCUACAUUGCUGGACCCUAGGUUCAAAAAACUAGGCUUCCUAAAGGGCGAUUUAUAG